AUGGAUUCUCAGCGCGAGCAUGUCGACUCUUACCCAACUAACUUCAAUAGUAUAUCUCCUAAUACUCAACCCUCUGAAGGUAUGCUCUCAGCUUUACUGCAGGGGGAUACAUCCUAUCAGAAUUAUGGGCCUCGUGAUGAUCCCACAGCAUUCCUUUCUGAAAGUAGUCAGCAUGUGCCCCUCAAUAUGUAUCCGCUCAACGAAGAGAUGAUACUCCCCGAGGUGGACAACUCUCUCUAUGAUGCUUCGUCCUACAGCUUUUACGACACUGAAAACAUCGAGACCUGGAAUAUGGCAGAGUUACAGAAACAGCAAUAUAUUGGCAAUUAUAAUGGACAGUUACAGCUACAACAGUCACCGAGCAUGUUAUCUAUGCCAAAUUUGGGGGUUUGCGAACCUGACGUGGCUUUACCAGACUUUGAUAGCUCAAAUGCAAGCGCAAGCCUGCCUUGCAGCGGAAGCAACAGCCUCAGCCAUCGCGGACUAACCGGGCGUUCUUUAUCAACACCCACGUCUAUAUCAUCGGAUAGCGGCAUGGAUCCAAUGCAGAGAUGGCGCGAGAGCCCUCCAGAAACCGAGCCAGCAUCUUUGUCAGCUAUAGCAGAUGCCUUACGCAAAAUGUCCACCCGAGGAGUGGUUGGUUCAAGCUCAGGCAGAAGAGCGGAAUCUAUUGCUAGCUUUCAAAGCGGCACAAGCCGUUCGUCAAGCUCGGUUGCAUCAGCCAGAUCGUCGAGAUCGGUCGGCCGCCGAAGCCCAAUACCUGCGUUCCGAGGCCAAGUUAGAAAGUCCCGGAAGAAUGAUGCAGUACGAAGUAGCAACGCUCGAAUAUUCCAUUGCACAUUCUGUUGCGAUACCUUUACGAGAAAGCACGACUGGACCCGCCAUGAAAAAUCUCUCCACCUGAAUGUCGAUCAAUGGGCUUGUGCUCCAUAUGGUGGCUCAGUUCUGUCACCCUCGACGGGAAGAAUCCACUGUGCCUAUUGCAACAUACUUGAUCCGACUGACGAUCAUCUGGAGAGCCAUAACCAUAGUGCUUGUCAUAGCGCCCAAGUGACGCGUUGUUUCAGACGCAAGGACCACCUUGUUCAGCACCUUCGCGGAUUUCAUAGUCUUAAAACUCUACCAAUUAUCGAAGACUGGAAGGUCGAACCUCCUUCGAUCAUCUCUCGCUGCGGCUUUUGUGAUGAACAGCUACCCUCAUGGCAAGCACGUGCCGAUCAUCUAGCGGCACAUUUCCGGCAAGGCUUGACCAUGAACGAUUGGAAAGGAGACCACUGCUUUGAAUCAUCUAUCGCAGCUCAGAUCCAAAACGCCUUCCCCCCUUACCUCCUGGGCUCUGAAGCCAAAAGCAUGGUACCGUUCUCUGCGACCGACCCAAGAACGCUCGAUCAUCUGUCCCAAAUUUAUCAACGAAAUGGAGAGGUAUAUUCAGACCGGCAACUCGAUGUAUUCGACUCUAACAUUAGACCGGUGUUUGAUCUCACUCCUACCUCUUAUUUAAGGUGGAUGACUUUUCGCUUAGGGCGUUUUGCACAACAAAGCAUCGCAAAUGGCGUUUUCCCUACCGAUAAGAUGUUCCAAGAUGAAUCCCGGCGGCUGGUGUAUGGGGAUAAAGAUGCAUGGGAGCAAACUAUAGCCGAUAACGACGAAUGGCUGUCCUCCUUUCGGAGACAGCACCUUUCGAGUUGA